GGCACCCUGGGCCUUGUAAAGCUGCAGGGCUGCGAACGGCACUUUGUUGCCGGCAGGCAGGGUGACCUGGGAUGGCCGUCCCGGGGUUACAGAGGUUCUGGUAAUUCCGAAUGGGUGGGGAACUGGGAAGGAGAAGUUAGUCUCACUGAAGCAAAGCCCCCGGGAGCAGGGCUUGCUCCUGAAUCUCAUUUUUCACAUGUCUCCUGCACUCUCACUACUAGCCCCGUAAGAGGAAAGGAGGUGCUUCCUGUUAUUCUGAUUCAAAUCUCAAGCUGAUCACAGGACAGAAGCAGAAUGCCUAUGCUUCAGAGUGGUAGACUGUACAAGAUGGAUGUCCAUGCUCUGCUCUUGGGACUAUUUUUGCUGAUUUUCACAGCAAUUCCUCAAAUCGAGAGAAGUGGCAUUUGUGUCAGUGGGACUGAAACCAGUGGGACUGAAACCAGUGGAUUAAGUACUAUGGAACAAAGCCCACGGUCCAAGUACUCAAACCCAAAGUCAGUGGCUAUUACACUUCAUACUUAUUCUGGAACAACAGUAUCUCCCCAAAGUGCUACUUUCUCUUUCAAAAGUCUGAAUCUUACCCUUCAGGAAAUUAAAGAAUUUAUAUACAAAUAUCAUACCGGUCAGUGUUGGGAUUUGUUUACUGUGGAGAUGAACAAUAUCAGCAAAAUAUAUUGGUGCGAUUGGAAGACUGUUCGCAGGCCAUACAGUCACCUGAGAAAAUGCUUGGAAAAUGGAGCUGAUAAACUGGAGCUUAACUACCCCAAUUCCAUCGCUGAGGAAUACGUCAUCCUCAGCCACCAACACUUCUUCCUCAAUUGCACCAUGGUGAAUCAACCACUUCAAGACCCUCCUGAAAAUAUUUUGCUGGCUCUCAUCAUAGCCCCCCUCUUCAUUAUUCCUUUCUUGGUUGCUCUUGUUGUGAUGAAGAGCAAAGGCAGUGAGAUAAUAUUGAGAUGUCCAAGAUAACACCAUGGAAUAAAGCUGCAUUUCUCUCCUUUGGCAAGAUGGAACAGAAAAAGAACAGAAGAUAUCUGCUAAGUGGAUCAAGAGAAUGAACUGAAAGUUGGUUUAAGUUUAGCAAAAAGAAUUAUGAGGGACAUUCAUGACAAAAAUUAAUUAAAUAAUGAACAGUUAGUAGAAAUGACAACCUACCGUGUUUCCCCGAAAAUAAGACCCUGUCAUAUAUUUUUUUGAACCCUGAAAUAAGUGCUGUGCCUUAUUGCCUUGCACUCAAAAGGCUGAUUGGGCUUAUUAUCAGGGAAUGUCUUAUUUUGGGAGAAACAGGGUAGAAGAGUUCAACGUAGUCACAUUUUGGCCAUUGUAACUAUUUUUAAAAUGAAAUGCAAUUACAUUUUUCUAUACUAGUAGCAUAUUACUAUUGAGACAAAUUAGAGCUAUUGGCUCUUUCAUUAUUAACUUCCUCCUUCCAUUCUCUUAUUUUUUUCUCUCCAACAUUUUAGUAGCAACUUUAAUUUGAACAAACCCCAACAAUAUAAUACUAUUGCCUGACCAUGGCACUCUAACAUAAACUCUAGAAGCUACAUACUUUUUUUCAAAAAAGCAAUUUCCCUUCCAUUAUGUGUCCUGCAAAGGAAGACAUUUAGAUCAGUUCAAAAACUAUGUUCAAUAUUUUUGGGAGAUUGAAGAUAUAAGGAGCAAUAAAACUUCUAUGGUUCUUCAGUGCCUCUUAUCUUUCAUCUUGAUAAUCUCUGUAAUUACUUCUUUUUUGAGGAAUUGUCAAAUUGAAAAAUCCUGGCCCCCAAAUGAGCAACAUGCAGAAAUUACUGAAGAAGAAUAACAGAUACAACAGAUCAGCAGAUGGAUAAACUUGGCAGUUUUACUAGACAUUCAUUCAUUUAUCAUAAUUAUUUUUCUAGGACAGAUAUAUUUGCCUUCGUUCAUGUUUUUUUAGAAGUGAACAUUUGAUUCUUCUUCUUCUGUAGCUUUUUCUUUCAAUGUUCAUAAUACUAUGUAAGAAAAAAAAAGAAAACUGAAAGAAAAUCAGUAAUUAAAAUAGGCCUCAAUGCCAGAAAAUGUUUCCUUGUCAUGACACAGAUAUCCUAUAAAUGAAAUUGCAGAAAAAUCAUCUAUUUUCAAUAGUGUGAUUUUUGCAAGUAGUCAGGAGUUGCUAAUAAGUAUCCUUUCUGUGCAAUUCCUUUCAUAGGGAAUAAUUUCUCUUUUUGUACUUCAAAUAGCAAUGAAGAUUAUGGUAUUCUGUUAAAAUCUUUUUAUGCUAAACACUGCUUUCUUAUUUUGGUUUUAUGAUGACAAUUAUUCACUUUAGUCUAGUUCUGUUCUCUUUCAUUUUGUAUACCAUCUGAGGGACAAUGCAGCAAUUUAUUAAUAUUUCAAAUAAAAUAAACAUUGAGCAUACUAAACAAA